UUUCGCAGUUAAGCAACUUUUGAGACCGGAAUCCAUCUCUUUAAAAGGCCAUAUCAUCUAUGGAAACAUCAAAAUCUGUACCGGAUACCUAAUUUAGCAAAUGGAUGCGGAGUGGAUAGACUUGCAACGUCUUACUCGGCCAGCCCACGGCUAUCUGCGUACAACCACCAGCCUUUCCUGUCCAGCUGGUCUACAUUCUAAUCAGCGAUCCUAAUCUCACAUUGAUCUUCCAAUUCUCCCAUUUCCGGGUCUACCUACCUGGGUGAAUCAUACUCUACUGAUAGCCCAGACUCGCCACCACCCCAGCUUUGAUGUCAACAUCGGUCGCCCCUUGUAAAAGGCGGUAUACAUACCCAAGGGAAAUGGAAGGCCAGGCACCCUUUAACGAUAAAUUACAACCCCUUGACGAGGAAAGCGGGGCAGAAAGAAACCAGAAUUUGAAUGGUUCCCCUGAUACGAAGAUUUCCGACACAAAAACUCUCGAUCUACUACGAUUUAGUGAAAAUUUCCAAAUCCUCGAUGCUCCAGGAGGAGAUGACGACCUAGAGACGACAGCCCGAAAGUUACAGCGGUUGGCGGAGGUUGUGGAACAGGGGAACAGUCUUGCACUAUGGACGGGACUAAAGCUUGCCCGCACUCGCGAAAUCAUCCCGAAAGACCAGAUGACGGCGUCCGAGUGGAUGAUCUACGAGAGGUGGAAGAAGGGCAUGUUCAACGCUGCAUCCGCAGACAGUGCUAGGGGCAUUCAAGGUGACGAGCAAACUUUCAAUCUCCCUGAAUUUGACUGGGACAAGAACAGGGCUCCAGUACCACAAGGACAACAAAGUAUGAAAAAGUUCACCCAGCGGGCCACUGCAAUGGAUAUUGUAUUCGGGUAUCAGGGAGCUACGCCCGAACAUGCGUCAUGGUUAACGCUAAGCAUGCCAGAGAUGCUGCCUCUGAUCAAAGUGGUGGCUAAAAUCAAUAAUAUUGAAAGGAAUUCCAGGAGUCAUGGACAUCCGCAUCUAGAAAGCUUAAGUGAUAUGGAGGUUGCGGAAGUCCAAACAGCACGGAAAAUCGUGGCUACGGCGGAGAGGAACCGGAACCGCGAGCUGGAGAGGAUUCGCAAACUGAGCCGGUCGAUCAACGAUCGAGCCUGGAGGCCGUUCGACCCACCGUCAUAUCGAAUGGCCGCCCUUUUGCACGGGUGGUCUAUGCCCCGACCCUUUCUAUUGCUUUUCUUGAUUAUCGCGGCCUUUUCGUCCUCGACGAUGGCCCAGAUUUGUUCCUUUUGGGAUGCCGGAUGUGUCGACCCGCUGGCUCAGACCGCCAUCGCCUUUGGAUUUCCUCCUCUCUUCCUCGAGAACAUGAAUCUUUUCUACGCCUUCGACGCUGACCCCCGAGGGAAGGGCCAAGAGCCCAUGACUAAGGUUAGUUUCUGGAUCGGAUACGAAGCCUACAUCAACAAUUCUGUUAUCGACCUCAACCGAACAUCCGAAAUUGGAAUGCGAGUCGGGAACUUAACAGGGAGCCCAUCAGGGGCUAACAAUGGCUGCGAUGGUGUUUGGGGGUCUGAAUGCUCCUAUAACCUGAUCGAUUUGUUCAAGCAAGCCAUAUUUGAUCUCACUACAAAGGGGGAAUACUACUCAAAUCCUCUGGCUACAGUGAUACGACGCUUUCGGGAGCAUCCACCGUUUGUUCCAGCUUGCCCCCCACAAUUCUUUGAGAUCCAGGAUUUCCCCGUCGAUCCAUUCGCACAAGAGACUGAAACGGACCAAACUGCUGUGAUCAAAACCACAGGGAGCAGCAACAGCCCCUGGAGAACGUGGUUUAUUGACAAUAUGACCGCAAGUCGGCAAGCUGAACAGGUUGCGGUCGCUAUCAUUGGUCGGGCUCCAUCAUACCAUAGCCUCCCGCCCGCAGAUAAGGACGGGAUUCAGAUCGAGCUUGUCUGUGCUCAAUCGCCGGCAGCGGGAAGUUCCGGGAGCGAAGAUUGAUGGCUGGAAUGGAAUCCUUGCGCACUAUAACAUCUUACCGGCUGAGGCAUAUAUCUCUGCGUAGAAGUACUCACCAAUACUAAGAUGAGUAUCUAGUGGUCUCUCUGGCCCACGCCCAUCUUGAUGAACUGGGCUACCUAACGACUUGAUGACCGUACCCCGCUCCGGCAGAGCGCAAGCACAAGCGCAGGCAUAAGCACAUGCAACUUGUUGCUUUUAUCGCCCACCAAUUCGGGGGGGUUUCCGUCUCGUACUCAACUAUGAGGCACUGAGACAGGCCCAAGGACGCCUGCCUGGUAUUUGCCCGAGGGCCCACGACGAGACUCUGCCAACUUAUAAUGCCGGGUCUUUAGAUCGGCCUAAUUCUUGUACAUAGCUAACUAGAAAGGAAUUGGAUAUACGUGAAAGCACUUUCUUUCGGGUUUCUUUGGCUUCACCCACCAUUCAGUGACAUGCUCCUCUGCCUCAUCGCAGUUUUUCUUCCAG